CCGCGCCUACAAGAACCCGCGGCCCCCAAACCUUUCAGCAGACCCCUGGACUUCUAAUUCCUUCCAUUCGAUCCGCUGGUGCACACCGCCUGCUCGAUCAAUUGCCCCGCCGGUUGCUUUCCACCGCCGGUUGCUUUCCACCGCCGCCUGAGAUGAGCUUUCUGGCCGGCCGCCUCGCGGCCAAGGAGGGUGCCUACUUCCUCCAGGAGUCUAAGAUCGCUGCCGGCCGCCUCGCGCAGAAGCUCCCCGCUUCCGCGCUUGGGCCCAGGCCGGCGUCCCCGCCUCCGUCGCCGGACGUGCUCCCUGAGAUCCUCCGCCACUCCAUACCCAUAAAGCCGACGCCGCCUCCAUCCGACCCCUCCCUCUACGGUACCUCCCGCUGGGCCCUCCCACAGGGCGGCGCCGAGCCUGCCGGCGUGUCCCCCGACGUGCUCAACCCACUCCGCUCUUACAUCUCGCUGCCGCAGGCGACCUUCGGCCCCAAAAGAUGGGAACUUCCAAAUGAGCAGCCUCACUACUCUGCAUCAACUGCCAAUGAGCGGCGGCAUGAUGGGCAUCCUCCUCCCAUGGACCCUGAGAAGUUAAAGUCUGUAAUUGCUGGAUACUCACAGGUUGGAAAGGCAUUUGUUGCUGGGACUAUAUUGGUGUUUGGAGGAGCAACAGCUGUGCUAUUGUACACAGCACAUAAACUACAGUUGCAUUCAGUAGACGAUGUCAGAACUAAAGGAAAAGACACUGUGCAACCACAUGCUGAUAUGAUCAAAGAACAAAUAGCUCCACUGAGGAAAUGGGCUGAAGACACGUCGAGAAAAUGGCAUUUUGAAGGCGACAAAGAAGCCAAGGAGAAGUCUAUCCUUGUUAGAGAACUUUCAAGGUCACUUGGUGCUAAGACGGGGCCAAAUCGAUGAGCACUGACGGCCUGCUGUGUUGCUGUUGUUAUUGUAAGUCUAUUAUCAAGUUCCUCACUUGUUGUACGCGUUUACCUUGUCCAUAUGUGUAAAGUCUAUAAGAGUCAAAUAAAUGUACAUAUUUAUCCCUGUAUUGAAUAAAGAACGGUUCCUUUGCUCUUGAU